ACGUAUCUGAUAUUAUAUCUUAAUUUCCUUCUUUAAGAACCUUCGUUGGCAUAUUAAAAACCCUAAACCAACUCUGCACAAGAAAACAUAUCAGUCUUCUUGCAGUCAUCCAUCAUAAUGUUCCCUUUACAACAAAGCAAUGAGCUGUGCUUCCGGAUUUCUUCUAGUCCUCACCACCAACACAAAAUCCCACAAGAUCUGAUCUUGUCUUGCGCUUUGACAGAUGGCAUGAGUGACAUGAUCGCAGUUGACAAUAAUUUGGGAAAAAGCCGGAGGCGAAAGGUGUGCGGUAUGGCCAGCACUAAGACAACUGAGCGUCAUGAUCUUCAUCAUCCUCAGGAGUUUGGUACUGAUAAUCAUGAGAGUAAUAAUAAGAAGAAGAUGCACCAUAGAGAUAUUGAGCGUCAAAGAAGGCAAGAAAUGGCUACGCUUUACGCCUCUCUUCGCUCUCUGCUGCCUCUUGAUUUUAUCAAGGGAAAGCGCGCAAUAUCAGAUCACAUGAACGAGGCAGUGAAUUAUAUAAAACACCUUCAGAAGAAUAUCAAAGAACUGAGCGUCAAGAGGAACAGGCUCAAGCAAUUUGAUUCCAGUACUGCCGGAAGCAUAAACAGCAAUAGUGAUUCCUCAAGCUCCAUGAUAGUUAACCAGUCCUUGGUAGGUGUGGAGAUUAUGUUUAGCAGCGGCUUUUGGGCAAAAAGCUUGAGGCUAUCAAGAGUACUGCAUGUAAUUCUUGAAGAAGGACUUUGUGUUCGUAGCUGUACUUCCGCCAGAGCUGAUGACAAGUUUCUUCACACUAUCCAAGCCGAGGUUGACGAUCCAGCACGCUUCAAUCUAUCGGGGCUGCGACAGAGACUAACCCAGCUGAAGUAGGGACAUUUUUAGGAGCUCUGGUACCCCCCAUCUCCGGCGCUGUAUUUUUAACCUUAUCUCACAUCUAAUUUCAG